AGUAGGUUGUGAGCGGAUCGAGUGUAUCCGUUCAGAUUAAAGCUGGAUCUCACUGAAACUAAAAGCCUUUCGAGGUAGAUUUUGUGUAGUUUACAAGCUGUUUUGUCCGAUAUUUAUUAGUUAUUCCUCGACGGAACGUUUUAAUUCGCCUAUUUUCUUCUGCUGAAGCUGAAGAUCGAGGGAAAAGAUGUCUUCGGAAGAAGACAGAGCGAAGGAGAUUCUAAAGGGGUUUAAACUAAACUGGAUGAAUCUUAGAGAUGCAGAGACAGGGAAGGUUCUCUGGCAGGGAACUGAAGACCUCUCCCUUCCUGGGGUAGAACAUGAAGCUCGGGUUCCUAAGAAGAUCCUGAAAUGUAAAGCUGUCUCCAGAGAGCUGAAUUUCUCUUCAGUAGAAAAACUGGAAAAAUUCCGACUGGAGCAAAAAGUUUUCUUUAAAGGCCAGUGCCUAGAAGAGUGGUUUUUUGAGUUUGGCUUUGUGAUUCCUAAUUCUACAAACACAUGGCAGUCUUUGAUAGAAGCUGCACCAGAGUCACAGAUGAUGCCUGCAAAUGUCUUAACGUAAGAUU